UUUUGAAGCCUAUGUCACUCUAAUCAGCUGCAACACGUGCGGUUUAAAGUUGUUUUGGUUUAAUACAUCUCAUUAAGAAGUGUUGGAAUUUAGUAAUUCAACAGUUUAACAAUGAAGAUCCGCAAGAAUCACGCCCGCAAGCGUUACCGCUACAAUGUAAAUCGCAAAACGCUGAACAAAACACGUAGUUCUACGGGAAAAAUCAAGGAUCCCAGGAUGAAGAAGAUGUGGAUGGAGGACCAGCGCGUGGGCACCAACUUCAGCGAAAUGGGGUUGGCCAAGGAUGUCAACAAAGCCAUUGCGAUUCCUAGCUACAAGAAGGAUCGUCUCCUGGCUGCGAGAGUAUUGAAUGGAUUUCUGGAGGAGGAACUGGAGGAGGAUGAGCGCCGAGCACUGGGCAUCAAGAAGCCAGUCGUGGAGGAGGGUCCAAAACGAGGACAUGUAGUCCAGGAACUGGAGCAAUUGGCAAGCGAACGUGCAGAUCCGGAAUUCAGAUUACCCAAGGGUGUGGUCAAGGAGUUGUCCUACUUCCUUAACAAGCACAAAUUCAACUACAAGGCCAUGGUCGCCGAUCGAAAGAACUUUGGUCAAUGGACCUGGAGGCAAUUCCGACUGAAAAUUCGCAGGUACAUGUCCAUUCCGGAGCAGUUCAACGUUUACCUGGAGCAGAAAAAGCUCCCCGUGGGCGUGAAACCGGAUUGGGAAGAGUACGAGUCGGACAGUGAAUGGAAAUAAAUGCUUUUGACCGAUAACAUAA